GUUUGUGUCGCCUUGUAUUUAUUAAAGGAUGUGUUCGUUGGGGUUGUUUCCUCCUCCUCUGACGCAGGGUGAUGUCACGCUGUACGAGUUUAACAAUGAGAUGGUCCCAGGCUUGGCGUUUGACAGCCCCCCUCCGGCCUUUCAGGAGAAGUUGGUAGACAUUCCUGAAAUUGUAAUUCCCCUAGAAGCAGUGAAAGUCCCCGGCCGGAUGGAGCUUAGUAGUAAAGCAGCAUUUAUCCAUCACAGAGAAUCUAUCUGGAAACGUUGUCUGAAUGGUUGGCACCAAAUGGGUCUUGCUGGUCUACUAGAGGAGAUGUCCAAUUCAGAGGAAGAGGUCCCUCCGUGGCUUGGACGCGCAGCCCGUUGCUCCCUUGCUGUGUGUCGUUUGGCUUCAUCCUUUCAUGGAUCACUUUUUCCCCAUCUCACAAUGAAAAGCGAGGAUCUCACAGCGGAGUUCUCUCAGGCUGAUGACUGGGCUGGCUGCUCUCUUCGUGCGUUUGCUUGGCAUCCUCACACCAACAAGUUUGCCCUGGCUCUUCUAGAUGACUCUAUUCGUGUUUAUACUUCAGGGAGCCAUACUGUACCCACAUUAAAGCAUAGACUUCAGAAGGAUGUAGCCAGCAUGGCAUGGAAGCCCCUGUGUGCAUCUAUAUUGGCGGUGGCAUGUCAGAGCUGUGUGCUGGUGUGGCACGUAGAUCCUACCUCAUUAUCCACAAGGCCCUCGUCUGGCUGUGCCCAAGUAUUGUCGCACCCGGGACACAGUCCUGUCACUAGUGUUUGUUGGUCUCCUAGUGGCAAGAUCUUGCUCUCUGCUUCUCCGGUUGACACCACUAUGUUGGUUUGGGAUGUCGCUACAGAGAGUUGUGUGCCGUUACAGAGAGUCGGCGGAGGAGGCGUCACCUUUCUUUCUUGGUCUCCAGAUGGUAGUAAAGUGUUAGCAGCUACACCAUCCUCUGUGUUCAGGGUGUGGGAAACGCAGAUGUGGACCUGUGAGCGCUGGCCAACAUUACAAGGUCGUUGUCAGACUGGAUGCUGGAGUCCUGAUGGCAGCCGUCUUCUUUUCGCUGUGAAAGGAGAAUCUGUAAUAUACAGCUUACUCUUCUCAGUCUCCGAUGGACAGACCCAAGGCUGUGUCGGUGGAAGUCAGAGUGCCAACGUGGUCGCUGAUAUAUCUGAAACAGUGUUUGAAACAGAAAAUGGGGAAAUCAGCAUUGGAGGAGAGAUCCAGUCUAUGGCUUGGGACCCAAGCGGGGAGAGGUUGGCCGUCAUACUGAAAGGAAAUCCUGAGAAUGAAUCAAGCCAAACUGUGAUUGCUGUGUUCAGGACAAGAAACAGCCCCGUGUUUGAACUUCUUCCAUGUGGCUUCAUUAAUGGUAACGAUGGAGACACGCCACAGCUCGUGCAGUUUAACCAAUGCUUCAAGAAGGGUGCUUUGCUCACUGCGCUGUGGAGCUCUGGCCGGCUGACGCAUGUCCCUUUCUAUUUUGCAAAUUCCCAAUUACCGCGUUUUACCCCUGAGGGCAGCAAUGUGGUGUCAGGCAAUGCCAGCAUCGUAGCUUCAAGGACCCUUUUCACAGAGUAGCGUGGUGGAGAGCACAAGCACCUGCCCGUUGUGGUGGAAUCCUGUUCUAAUCAACAACUUCACCAGAAUUCAAUGAAACAAGACGUCUGCUAUUCUGGCCUGGUUCUCCUGAGGGACAUCUGUGACCUUUAACAAAUCUGCGGUAUAGAUACGAUCUAACAGAUGGCAGUACAGGGAGUUGUUUGAUUGUUAUUACGUUAACGUUCGCAUUAUAGAAAUUGAUUGGAAAGGUACCAAAAUGUUUUGCAAAUGAAAAUUAUUUAAGUGACUUUUCUACCUAAUUUAUUGUACAGUCGGUUACUGGCUUGAUUUGCUUUUCUAUAUCCAACAGAAAUAAUUCUUAGCACUGUUGAAUAUCCCAGCCCUUUAUAUGAAUAAUUCUUUAGUCAGGUAAAUUACACCUCAUUCAUAGACUUCUAGGAAUUUUCGAUGCUAAAUGUCUAUUAAGCACAGUAUGUUUGCUGGCUGUACCCAUCAUAUCAGCUUAAGUACAGGCAGAAAGAAGAAAAUGAGCCUAGCCUAUAGUAAAAUAACGUGCGUGGAUUUGAAAUGCACAAAAAAUGGUGUUCAUACAAAGUGGACCAUGAUAUACAUUCGGAUAGUUGAUGCCCAGAUGGCCUCUGUCAUUAGUUAGCGUAGGUUGGACAGAUCUGUAUUUUAUGUAAGGGAUGCAGCACCUUCAACCUGUAUGUAAACGUAAACCUCCUGUGGCAGCCUGA